AUGAACAGGGACACGGAAUAUGAUGUCGUGAUCGUGGGCGGAGGGCCAGUUGGCCUUCUCCUUGCCUAUCAACUAAAGCGAUUCGGAACCUCAGUCUGCGUUCUGGAACAACAUGACAAGCAAUCCCAAGAUGCGUACGGGCGCGCAAUUGCUCUUUUCCCAAGAACGCUGGAAAUGCUCGACCAGCUGGACCUGAUUGAGCCAAUGUUACAACUUGGCUUUGCGUGUCGAACUAGCGUCACCUACAAGGAUGGAGAAAGAGUACUCCCUGGGAGAGUGUGGACAUUUAUGGAGAAUAUCCAAGACACAUCAUAUGAUUUUGUCCUUGUGCUUCGCCAAAUGUAUACGGAACAGAUACUUCGUGACAAAUUGAGCUCGAUUGGCGUCACGUAUUAUCAAGCAACGGAAUGUAUUGACUUUCGUUCUGAUGAAAAGGGGGUUGUCUCCACGUUUAAGAACCGGGCUACAGGUCAGACAUUCAAUAUUAGGAGUAAAUAUCUUGUCGGUGCAGAUGGGGGAAGGAGUUUCGUUCGCCGGCAUGCAGGGAUACCCUUCGAGGGAGAUACAUCGGAUGAUAAAUGGGUUCGGAUUGACGGGGUUGUAGAAACUGACAUGCCAAUCAGUCGUUCCUAUGGUGCUAUCGAAAGCAAGACCCACGGGAAUGUGCUGUGGGCUCCAUUGGAUCACGGCGCGACGCGCAUCGGCUAUGCAUACAGUUCUCAGAUCGCAUCGAAAUACCCAGACGGGGUUACACAAGAAGUCGCCGAGAAAGAAGCAAUUGAAUCUAUGAAGCCGUUCAAUGUCACUUUUAAGGAGAUACACUGGUGGACUCUGUACUCUAUCGGACAACGAAUAGCCAAGACCUUCUCAACUCAAGAUCGGAUCUUCCUCUGUGGUGAUGCAGCACAUACUCACAGUAGCGGUGCAGCCCAAGGAUUGAAUACCGGUAUCCACGAUGCGGUGAAUCUAGCCUGGAAACUAGCAUUGCAUAUCCGCGGAGUUACAAAUCCCGCCGUGCUUCAAACAUACUCAACAGAGCGGAUAUCUGCCGUUCAACAACUGAUCGAGUAUGACAAGGAUAUCUCAAUCCUGAUAUCUCAUAAAUGGCCCGCGUGGUAUACAGGCGACCCCAACGCUGAUCCUUACAUUGUACUUGGUACGAUAUUUGAAAAAGCGGCUUCAUUUAACACGGGAUUAGGAAUUUCCUAUACGUCUAAUCAUCUGAACCGUUUGUCCACCGAGUUCGGAGGCGUUCGAGCAGGGAGUCGGCCCCCAGAUGUGGAAUUGACUAUGCCGGGAACAGGCCGCAAAUUGCGUUUUCAAGAGAUUACGCGCAACAUAGCCAAAUUCUGGGCAGUGCUAUUCACUGGCGACAUAUCCACUACGCGAAUGAGGCUUUUACAACUAAAAAAGGAUUUGGAAACCAAGGAAAAUUUCAAUGGAAAUGUGGGGUGGAUCACGGUUAGUGCCGCGGCGGGAUGCUCGCCGUAUGAAGCCCUGGAUAUGGAUCCAUUCGGGAAUUUGUUCUUCGAUCUUGAAUACGUGGCACAUCAGAAAUUCGGAUUGGAGAGUGGAGGAAUUGUGAUCAUUCGGCCCGAUGGACUUGUAAGUACUGGGGGCUCAAUUGAAGGAGCAUGGAUCGGAGACUAUUUUUCGAGUGUUUUACAAUGA